GCACUCGAUAUCUCAAUAACUUACAACAGCCCCCCAAACUACGGAGUACAGCUUACCUUUACUUCCAACCACACCAUUUACACAUAACGUACUGAGAGGAGCAGAAUCAAUCGAAUAAAGCUCCAUCAAAAAAACAUGGCAAGCGGCCAUCUCAGCAACGACGAUUUCUUCAUACGACUCGCCGAGCUCUUUGACGCACGGCGGCAAAAAGAUCAUGGAUCAGUCUAUCUGACGCAAAAGCGACUAUCCCACCCCUCAAUCGCCUCAUCUUCCUCUUCCUCUCCCGCCGCAAGCGCGAGCAGUGACCACCAGCUGCUCGAGACGCCCGUACCGAUCCUGAUCCGCGCGAGCGACGGCAAAUCAAAGUCGCAGCGCAACGAGAAAACCAAGCUCUCUACCGUCGUCGAGCCCGAUAGUCUGGAUGCGUUUUUCACGCGCUACGCAGAGGUGUGCAAGGGCGGCAUGCAGGCCCUGAAGAAGCGGGAUCGAAGCGGGCGGAAAAAGGCAAAGGCGAAGAAGAGAAAGGCGGAUAAGACGGCGGCUUGACUUUCUUUUUAUUUAUUUUUGUCUUCUUAGAUUUAUCUUUUAUUUUAUUUUUCAUUCACAUUUUCUUUUUCGUCCUCCUAGUUUGAUUUAAUUCGUAACCGUCUUGUUCCCUUCCCGAGUCCAUUCUUCUGUGGGAGCUAUAAACCGACCACCAGAAAAAAAAAAGGGGGGGGAGGGUGCAAGUCAUGGCAUCGUACGAGAAGUGAUAUAAAAAAGCGAGUGAGCAUGUUGAGAAAAGGUAAAGCGCUAUAUCAACGUCGAAAGAAACAACACCGGCUGGACUCUGCUUUGUGCAUUUUAUUGCUUCGAGCCGUAUUAGAAGGGGC